GUGCAUCGAUGUUUUUCUUGCAUUCCUAGCCACUGCUAAUUUGUAGUACGGAUAUAGAGAACGCGCACGUUGUUGUAUUUAUAUCAAAUAUAGAAAAAUUAUUUACAACGGUCUUCAUUCACACCUACUUACAUGAAUCUGUAACGCCAAAAUUAAAAAAUAAUUAAACGCAGUCAAUCGCCGUGAUAAACCACGAUUAAGACAUUUUGCCGCGAAAUCGUUGUUUUGCGAGUUUGAAUAUGAAGUUAAACAGUGUGAUUGUGAGUCAACCAAAUAGUUUUUGUGAAACUUUUGCUUGCAUUUCAAACAUUUAUAACAACAACAAGCUAAACGAACCCAUUGUGUCCAAUCAAAGCGACAAGAGUUUUCCAUCGAAAUUUUACCAACCACAACUAAUGUCAAUUCGACUAUAUCAGAAUACUUUAUAAAAGUAUACACGAGAGAUAGUAAAAUAAGUGAUUUUAUAUGUACUUACGUUAAUAGUGCUACACAAAAUAAUAGAGAACGUUCGUCAAUAGGUGUACUCCAAAAGAGAAAAAAUUUAAAAUAAUGCUUUUUCAUCAAACAUAACUAUUUGAUUAAUUCGCACAAAAUAAAGUUACUUUUUUGCGAAAAAUAUAGAAAGUGUUACAGAGGUUAACGUUUUCAGAAGACGGAACGCAGUUUAUAGCAAUUUUUCACCGAAUCUCCCCGUUAACAUUUCGCCCGACGUGUUAUAGCCACGGGUAAUUUUAGUUAAACCGCGCGCGUACAUACCGUAAUGAAUUCAGUGCGACAUCUAAGUGAGCGAACACGGCAAUUCAGAGGCAGACAACGACGAUCGAGUGUUGGUGUAGUCGCAGCAGCAAACGUAAAAGUUCUGGUGGCAGCAACAGCAACAGGCACUUCAUCAGUAUCCUUAUCGACGGCGGCGCUAGACGAACUAGUGACAAUUUGUGCUACGCCAAUAAACCACUACAUUAUUAGUGCUGCAAGAACCAAGUCGGGGAUCCUAGCACGAGUUGGCUUAGCGGUGAUUUGUACAAUUUUACUUAGCCUUUGGGUACAAAAGCACUAUAUUGAGCAAUUUUACUUCGAGAAAGGCAGCGGAGGAGGAGGACCAGUAGUCGAUUGUGCGAAAGAAGCUGCAACAUAUGUUGUGGCGGCGGCGCUUCUAUUAACAGCAAUAACGUCGCCGCCAAAAUUUUUUAAAAUUAACGCUUUAACCAUUUCAAACGAAAUAGGAGCAGCUGCUGCGUUGGUGUUUUUGGUGCGUAUGGGCUAUUGUGCUAUUGGAUUUAGAAAUUUUGGAUGAUUGCUGCGUACUGACGUCACUGUGCAUGUUGAUGAAAAAAAUAAUUGAACUUAAAUCCUUGACCACAGAAAACUGUGAGCAAAGAGAAAUAGAUGAAAUUUUGAGAAAGCAGUUGACGUGGGAGCAGCAUUACCCAGGUUUUUUCACCGCCACGUAUUUACGAACAACAAGUGUUUUUCGACUGCUCCAACUACAAAGCAGACAGAGGAAGAAACUGGAGCAACGAAACCGUGUCAAAGCACAUAGACGGCGUAAAAGGUGACCCCAACGUCGGAAAAUACGCAUAUGUUGCUGCUUUAAUAUCUAAACAUACUUUGGCCCGAAUUUUGUGCAUGCGAAGAGGACUCCAGCGAUAGCAGAGAAAGGGAAACAGCAAAAUUUCCAUACUUAAACGAGUGAACAACUAAAGCUCUUUACCGUUGAAUCCGUACUACAAGGAAAUAUAGGUGUUUGAUGCAUAAGAUUUAUUGUUUUUUCGAAUACUUGCCCAUUUGUACCCUAAGUAAAUUACUUGUGUGCCGUAACAUUUGUAAGAUUUAUAAAAAAAAAUGACGAGCUUUGCAACAUAUUGUAUUAUCAAGUAUGUUAGACCCAUAGGCUGUAGCAUUGCUGGCUGCGAUAUGAACGAUUCGAAUGGCAACCGUUGCAACAAAAGCGUCGUAAACUUUUCAAAUGAGCACUGCAAUAAUAUAAUGGCGGUGGAGAAACGUCGAAGCUGACAUUGUCUUUGGCAGCACAAGAGGUGCGCGAGUCUGUAUAACUGUGAAACUCACGGCAAAGAAACCAAAAAGAAACAUUUCAAAAGUCUAAAAUUUCUUUAAAGUGCGUUUAACAUUAAAUGCGAUUAAUCAAGCGAACGAACGCUAAAAAAAAAAAAAACAAAACAAAAAUAUCGAAAAAACAAUAAUAAAGGAAAAAACCAGAAAAAUACAAGUAAUGAACUUUGUAAUAAAAGGAUUAUAUGUGGUUGUCAAUAAUACCGCUUUAACUUAAAAUAGUUUAGCUUCGUACUUAAAUAAUUUAAAAACAAUUGUUCGUUUGCUGGUACUAAAACAAAACUGUUAUAUAACAUUUUUCAAAACAUACACACUUCGCCAACAUUUUAAUGUAUUAUCAAAUAAGUUCGGUAAAUAUGGACGACACAGCCCAAGCUACGGAACCUCCAUUAAAUUCUAUAACUAAAAUCACCAUUCAUAAUAACAACAAUAACUACAAUAGUAAUCCGCUAAAUGAUAAAGCAGUUGUGUCCGUUUCUAAAGCAAACACUUGGCAUGAAAAUACCCAAACAAAACAUUUUGUCUCUAUAAUGGCUAAAUACGCUGAAAAACGGCGCGCUACGACAAAGGCACAAGAUGCAGCUACAGCUGCGCAUGACGCUAGCGUUACAAAAGGUGUACCAGACAUCGAGCAAAACUUAAGCAAAUCUUUCCCUGAGCAUUUUCAAAAUGAAGCUCCAAUAGCAGCGAACAUGUUUGGCAGUAAUAAAAGCAACAUUGCAAAGUUACAGUGGUGGCAUGCGCCUGCGCCUUCCGGCAACAUGACUGGGGCGACGCCGCAGUUCGCUCCCACCUUUACGUCGUUGAACGACCAGGCUUCACAGUCGCGCCAAUACAAUGAUGCUAUUUUAGCUCAUCAAAAUUCAAAUAACGCAGAUAACGUUUUUGUUUCAAUACCGUUAAAUACCUCAAAGGUCCAUUUUAUUGAUGGCGCCGCAGUACAAGAACAAGACAACAAACUCACUACUAGCGAUUCGAGUAGCUCUCAACGGCUCCAAGAAAAUCAAUCGCAAGAACAACCACCUCCAGAUGCUAGCUUGCGCCAACAGCGUGCUAUCGCCAAUAAUAUUGGUUGCUUGCCGCUAGCGGGCACAGUCGCCACAAAACGUGUUCGUGUUGCGCAUCAUCAGCAACUCCACCACACUUCGAAAUCCAGCGUGGCGAGCCCAUUAACAUCGUUGAAUGAUUCACGCUGCAACAGCUAUGAUAACCAACGUGUAAACUAUGAGGAGGACCACAUAUCACAGGACUCGCAGUUACUUGUUAAAGAUCCCAAACUAUGCGUUGGUUUACUAAAUUCAAGCGAAGACGAUGAAAUGCAAAUAACGGGUUAUAAGCGAUCGCGCCUGCGUAUGCUGCUAUGUUGGAUUUGUAUAUGCCUUACCGGUGGCCUAUUGCGGCUAAUAAUGCACUGGUGGCGGCAUUGGUACUUAAUUUCUACGCAUGUCAAGUGCCCAUUAGAUAUAGCUGAGAAAGUUUUAAUACAAGAGAAUUAUCAAAACAAACAUAAAAUAUAUUAUGUGAAGACUAUACAGGAAUUAAAUGCCUCCGUACUAAAAGAAACUAUGCAGCAGCGGGAACAUUUGCUUCCAUCGCUAACGGCCAAAGAUGGAAGUGCUAGGAACAAGAAUACGCUCUCAAUGCAAACACAGCGAGAUAAUGUGGAAAUAAAUGAAAACAGUUUGCAUAUAAGUUUACAUUUCUCCUCAGCACAAUUCAAAUAUAGCAAUAGUGUACGAGUUUUCAAUUGUAAGCAAUUGCGUUACGCCUGGGACAAUCAAACUCAAUCAUUUAAUAAAAUAAAGGGACUUGAUGAAAACGUUUCGAGUGCAUAUUUUCAUCAGCAGAAGGGCUUACCAGCUCUGGAACAAAUAUCUCGCCGCUUAGCCUAUGGACCAAACGAAAUAACUAUUCCUUAUAAAGACCUAAAAACUCUACUUGUAUUGGAAAUGUUGAAUCCUUUCUAUGUUUUUCAAAUAUUUUCCGUAUUAUUAUGGUUCACCUAUGAUUAUUAUUACUAUGCCUGUGUAAUACUGCUCAUGUCUAUGUUUGGGAUAGGGAUGUCAAUUAUUCAAACUAAAAAGAAUCAGGAUUCAUUGCGUGAAACUGUGUUGAAUACCGGCUCUGCUUUGGUUGUAACGGAAACUGGUCAAGUUUGCGAAACAUCUACUCAAUGUCUGGUUCCUGGCGACAUUAUUGAAAUCCCUACAAACGGCUGUACGAUGCAGUGCGAUGCUGUACUCUUAUCUGGAAACUGCAUUCUGGAUGAAUCAAUGCUUACAGGUGAAAGCGUUCCCGUAACAAAAACUCCCUUGCCAAUGAAACGCGAUUUAAUAUUUGAUAAAAAGGAACAUGCGCGCCAUACACUUUUUUGUGGCACAAAGAUUAUACAGACGCGAUAUAUUGGUUCUGAAAAGGUUUUAGCGAUUGUAAUUAAUACUGGAAACAUUACUGCCAAAGGUGGACUUAUACGAUCAAUAUUGUACCCACCACCAGUUGAUUAUAAAUUUGAGCAAGAUUCAUACAAAUUCAUUGAAUGUUUGGGUUUAAUCGCAUUGAUUGGCUUUAUUUACACAUUAGUAACCAAGAUAAUGCGCGGCGUCGAGCCAGUAAAAAUUGUUGUUGAAUCUCUGGACUUGAUUACAAUUGUUGUGCCACCUGCGCUGCCAGCUGCUAUGACUGUCGGUCGCUUUUAUGCACAAAAACGUCUUCAGAAGAAAAACAUCUAUUGCAUAUCGCCGCGUUCCAUAAACGUUGCUGGUAGUGUUGACUGCUGCUGUUUUGACAAGACUGGUACGUUAACUGAAGAGGGGUUGGACAUGUGGGGUGUCGUGCCAAAAACAGUAACAAACGAGUUUCAAAUGCCUAUCAAACAAAUCGAACGCUUACCGUAUGAUAAUUUUCUAUUUGGUAUGGUAACCUGCCAUUCUAUAACCAUUAUGAAUGGCAAGCUGAUUGGCGAUCCAUUGGAUCUUAAAAUGUUCGAAUCGACCGGCUGGACUCUAGAAGACCAGAAAAAUAUACCAGAUAGUCAAAAAUAUGGUUUAAUUCAUCCCACAAUUGUACGGCAACCAAAAAGAGAUGGUGUGGAAUAUACUGCCGAUGUCUCAGUUCAGCGUCAAUCUUCCUUCGACGAUUUAUUGGCUGAUGUCGGGCUGCUCAACGGUGAAGCGAACAAUGAUCAUGGCUUAGUUCGAGAAUUUCCCUUUACUUCUAAUUUACAACGAAUGUCUGUUAUAACUCGCCGACUUAGUGGAAGCAAUUUUAAUGUUUAUUGUAAAGGUUCUCCUGAGAUGUUGCAGCAACUUUGUCAACCAAGUAGCUUGCCGGAAAACUAUUCUCAGCAAUUGGCCUAUUUCGCAAAGCGAGGAUAUCGUAUCAUUGCAAUAGCUUAUAAACCACUUAGUCGCAAAAUGAGUUAUAUUAAAGCACAACGCUUGUCACGUGAAAGUGUCGAAUGCGAACUUGAGUUCCUUGGCUUCGUUGUAUUGGAAAACCGCCUAAAACCUGACACAAGUGAAGUGAUAAGAUCACUUACUGCAGCAAAUAUUCGUACGGUUAUGAUUACUGGAGAUAAUAUUUUGACUGCAAUAAGCGUGGCGCGCGACUGUGGUAUAGUGUCCCCGCAGCAGGCAGUCGUGACCGUCAACGUUAAGCAUCUACCAGAAAAUGAGAAACAUACUUAUGAACUUUAUUAUACGCUUGAACUGGGUGGUUGUGAGGAUUCGUUAACUAAUGGUACGGAAAUUGUAUCAUUGGAAUCCUCAGUCAACAAUUCCGCCGAUUAUUGCGAUGCUGGUGGCGAUUACCAAAGAUAUAAUGGAGAUAUUUCUUCUCUAUGCAGCGUUUCAAUUACAUUACCAAAUAGCAACAGCCUAGCAAGUGUUGAGACAUGUGAUACGUGGACACAUCAUGAUCCGGAAGUAGGCUUACCUGUCUCGGGUAAAGAAAAGGCAGAUCACCAUCAGUUGAUGUCCUGUGAUGCGAAUACAAGUUGGCGGAAGAAUUACAGAUUCGCCAUGGUUGGUAGAACUUGGCAGAUCUUGCGAGAAAACUUUCCUAAAGAACUUAAAAACUUUGUGACACGUGGUGCUAUAUUUGCGCGCAUGUCUCCGGAACAAAAGCAAGCUUUAAUUAUGGAGCUUCAGCAGCUUGACUACUGUGUUGCAAUGUGUGGAGAUGGUGCUAAUGACUGUGGUGCUUUAAAGGUUGCGCAUACCGGUAUUUCGCUGAGUGAAACUGAAUCUGCCAUUGCAUCUCCAUUCACCUCUCGUAGCGCGACAAUUGCGUGCGUGCCAAAUGUGAUAAAAGAAGGUAGAGCGGCGCUAGUUACUUCAUUCGGUGUAUUUAAGUACAUGGCUGCGUAUUCCAUGGUGCAGUUUAUAUCAGUAAUGAUUUUGUAUUCUAUUGACUCCAACCUUACGGAUAAACAGUAUUUGUACAUUGAUUUGGGUUUGAUAUCGGUCUUCGCAUUUUUUUUCGGCAAAACAGAAUCAUAUGAUGGACCGUUGGCUAAACUAGUACCACUAAGUUCGCUUAUAUCGCUUGCACCUCUAGCUUCAAUUGUACUGCAUUUACUUGUUGUAAUCGGAUUUCAAACUGCCGGAUGGUUCCAAUUGCACCAACAAGAGUGGUUUGUUUCUUUUCAACACAGUGACGAAGAUCACUUAGGGUGCUAUGAAAACUACACUAUGUUUGCGAUAUCGAGCUUCCAGUAUAUUACACUUGCAUUUAUAUUUUCGAAGGGAGCUCCCUAUCGCAAGCCGAUCUGGUCUAAUAUACCGUUUUGCCUUUCGUUGAUUGUUAACCUUUUCAUCGUCGGCUAUCUAGUAUUAUUCCCUACAAAAUGGAUUGCCGAUUUCUUCCAAUUAAUCGUACCUGAAAAUAUGGACUUUCGCUACUGGAUGCUGCUAUAUGGAGUUGCGAAUUUUACUUUACAUGCUUUUGUGGAGAGUUUCGUCAUCGAAUAUUUACUGUUUAGAAAGGUUCAAGUGCGUCGUGAAGCGAAUAUGAAAAAGUCAAAUCGAAAAUACAUGCAUGUAGAAUAUGAUUUGCAAUAUUUAAAAAAUUGGCCACAAAUAACGCAAACAUGUGAGGCAUUUGAUUCUUCAAUACCUCAAGAAGAAGUUAAAUCAACGUAUGUUGAGAUUAGUGCAGAGCAAAAUUUCGAUAUGCCAGUAUCUCAAAAUAAUGCACUCAAUAGUUUUUUUGGUGUGGAGUCAUCAGUAAUCCAAACCUUGCCGACUGUAGCUGAGCACAGUGUCGUCAGCGAGUCGGAAUUAGCAGCCUUGUCAUCGUCGUCAAAGCCACCGCAAAUGGACAGUUCUGUAUUGAAUGCAGGUGUUAAGUCAUGAGAAUUACAACUGGCAACGUCGUUUACUUUUAAUUUACUUAUUGUUGAUAAGUAUAAUUGCUUACGUACUAUAAGAUAUUUAUUUUAUUUUUUGUUUACACUUUUUCCUGUUUGUAAAUUAGUUAAUAGCUGUGCUAUUUUAAAUGUGUUACAUCAUACAUGUGGCAAUUCGUAUUUAAUAAAAAUGGGUUGGUUGAACACAAACUAUAAAACA